CAUCCUCCAGGCCUCUCGUCUCUCCCUGGCUGGGGAGUCUUCUAGAAGGGGGCCCCUCCUGACCACCAUGAAAGGGUUAGGAGCCAACCGCAAUCGCUCCGACUCCUGCGACCCCACCCAGGGCCCCCCGGAGCCCCUGUACCCCCACCAGGCCUCCACACUGCCUCGGAGCCCCUACCUUCUCAGCCCCACCAGCAUGGACCACUACGGCACCAUGGACCCGCACCACUACAACCCCUCUGUGGACCACCACUACAAUCAGGGCUCCCUGCCCCCGGACUAUUCUCUCCCUCUCAACAACCAGCUGUCCAACAGCAGCACCUUCCCCCGCAUCCAUUACAACGCCCACUAUGACCCGUCCGACUUCUCCCCGCCACAGGGGGACAGCAUCGGGGGCAUUAGCACGGGAACCCUGGGCACCUCCAUGUCCAUGGGCAUGGGAAUGGGCAUAGGGAUGCAUGGCUCGAGUGGCAUGGGGGGCCUGCAGAGCAGUCGGGGGCCCAUGAUCACCAGUGGCUCUGCCACCAUCUCCGGCGGGGCCAAGAUGAACCGGCAGCUGGCGCCUAACUUGCUGGACCAGUUGGACAAGCAGCUGCCUGGGGGGCCCAGAGAUGGCUUCAGCACACUGCAGUUCCACCGGAGCACAUCGGCCGCCCUCUCCGCCGCCUCCAAGCAGCGCACCGACAGCCCCGGGCGCAUCCGUAACCUGGUGUGCUCUGUCCAGAAGCUCUUCGCCAAGUCACAGUCCAUGGAUGGCCACAACCUCAAGGGUGUCAACGGGCGUUCGGGGGCAGGAAGUGGCAGCGGUGGGACCUCAUCCGGGACCGAGGACGGUGGGAAGCGGGACCAGCGAGCAAAGAGCAAAGACCGCGGCGGGUCCAAGUCAGAUGGGGGCGGGACAGGCAAGCGGCGGCCGCGCUCCAACAUGUCGGGCUACUGGAGCUCGGACGACCUGGACAGUGCUGACCUCAACAACUACCGCAACCCCAUAGCCAUGACACUGGGACGACCCACAGCGCAUGCCACCCAGCACGCCACCCACGGUACUGCCUACGAUUCCCAGCAGGGGGCACUACAGCAGCAGCAGGGGCACCAGAGCCGCUACGUGGUCCACAGCGGAUACAACACCAUCAGCUCAUCCAAGAGCCACAACGAGGUCAUAAAGUAUCAACAGGCACUGCCAGGACCUGGGGGCGGAGGAGGAGGUGGGAUCAGCAUGGGGGUGAACAGUAAUGACUUUAUGAAGGGGGGUUCGUGGUCGACACUGACCCUGGGUCAGCCCAGACAGGUGCUGCAGAAGGGCCACUCGGCCACCCUGGACCGGUCCAUGCUCAAGUCCAAGUCAUGCCAGCAGGAGCUGGCCUGCAACUACCUGCAAGUGGGCCGACAGGGGGACUGGAGUAACACGCUGGGUCGCAGCAGUGGAGUAGCCGGAGCCAACGAGAUCCCAUGCAGGCGCAUGCGGAGUGGCAGCUACGUGAAGGCCAUGGGUGACCUGGAGGACAGCGACGACUCAGACGUCAGCAUCAAGCCCUCGCCCAAAAUGGCCGCCCGCCGCCAGAGCUACCUCAGGGCCACCCAGCAGUCUCUGAGCGACCAGCAACCGUCACGCAACUGUCUUCCCUCUCUGAGAGAGCUGUCCACCAACCGUAGCCUGGACAACCUGGACUGUCUGGGGGGUCCGGUGGGGGGCUCCCUGUUCCCCCGCUGGGAUGAUGAGGACUUCAGCCAGGGUGGAGGAUGCAGCACCCUGGGGAGGAGCAGCUGCAUUAGCCAGCUACGAGACUUGGAGAUGUUGAGCCAACGCUACGAGGAUAGCUGCGCCGAGUCGUCGUUCCGAGAUUCCCACACACUCUCGCGCUCCCAUUCCCAGGCAGUGGAGCCUCCCGAUCUACCCAUGCCCACGUGCUUCCGAUCUCGUAGCCAUAGCUACCUGCGGGCCAUCCAGGCCGGAUGCUCGCAGGAUGACGACACUGCUUCUGUGGACUCGGAUUCGCCGCCGCCAACCGCCACUACUGUUCGUACCUACAGCACCAGCACUGUCUCCACAUGCAUCACCACCUGUAAGAAGCCAGCGCCCCCGCCCGUGCCUCCCCGCACCACCUCCAAGCCCUACAUCUCGGUGACGGUGCAGAGCAGCACAGAGUCGGCCCAGGACACCUACCUGGACCACCAGUCUGAGCGCGACCGUCGCAGCGAGACCAUCACCAGCCAGUCUAGCCAGGCACACAGCAAUUCCUCCGACAGCCUCGACAGCACGCGCGCCAACAGCCUGGCUCGGGGUGUCCCUCGGCCUAUCCCCAUGCCCGUUGCCAUCCACCGGGAACCCCUCGCCACCACCGUCCACCACGCCACCACCGGGACUGACACCAAUGACUCCCACCGUGAACCCCUGAGGACAGGCGGCAGCAGAGGGAGCCUGGCAGCAGAGGAGCCACGAGCGGACAUCGUGCCCCGGAGAAAGCUAUCCUCCAUAGGGAUACAGGUUGACUGCAUUCAGGAGGAAGUCCAGCGAGAGGAGACACCGCCACCACCAUUGGCCAGAUUCCAGUCAAUCGGAAUCCAGGCGGACGACGGCUGGCACAGUCGCUCCAGUAGCAUGGCCUCCAAGCAGGAGACAGACUCUGACACACAGGACCUUCCCAUCAACUCGCACGCCAACUCCCACGCCAAGCCCGCCACCGAGAAGAAGAGCAUGGUCAACAGCGCCUGCCAAUCCAUGGCCUCGCCCCCGUGCAGCAGCCAGGUCAGCAAGGGCAACGGAUCAAAUCCCACCGUUGACACCAGUACGUCGCCACCUCCGCUUCGGCAGAUCCUCAACCGCUCCACCACACGGUCCGACUCCUCCGACUCCUUCUCCGAGAGCAUGGACCCGGCCCUGGACCCCUCAUCCCUGCCCCCUCCGGACCCCUGGCUGGAGAGCGGGAACGGAAAUAGCGGUAGCGGGAACCCUAACGCGGUGCCCCCUCCAGGCCCUGCCUGCCGGCGGGACGGCCACUGGUUCCUCAAGCUGCUGCAGGCGGAGACGGGCCGCAUGGAGGGCUGGUGCCAGCAGAUGGAGCAAGAGACCAAAGACAACCAGCUCUCAGAGGAGGUGUUGGGGAAGGUCCGCAGUGCAGUGGGCAGUGCUCAGCUCCUCAUGACCAAGAAAUUUGAGCAGUUCAGAGGGCUGUGUGAACAAAACUUGAAUGUGAACGCCAACCCGCGGCCCACAGCCCAGGACCUGGCGGGCUUCUGGGACCUGCUGCAGCUCUCCAUCGAGGACAUCAGCCUCAAAUUUGACGAGCUCUACCAACUCAAGUCCAGCGACUGGCAGUCCCCUGCCGUGGCCCACUCGCCCCCCGAGCGGAAGGAGGACAAGAAAGAGGCCCCUCCUCCAGUGCCAAAGAAGCCCGGUAAGGGGAGGCCGGUGCUGGGCCGCGAGAAGAGCGCCGACUCCGCCUCGUCCACCUCUUCGGCGGAGAAGCAGCGGACGGAGGCCCGCAAGCGCCUACUGGCUGCCAAGAGGGCCGCCUCGGUCCGGCAGAACUCUGCCACGGAGAGCGCCGACAGCAUCGAGAUCUAUGUCCCUGAGGCCCAGACUCGCCUCUAAGAGAGAGAGCGAGAGAGAGAGAGAGAGAGAGAGAAACUGGGAUGGAGGAAGGGAUGAUGGCGGAGGGAGGGAGAGAGGGAGGGUUGGGGUCUUUUCACCACAUGCAGGGUCGUCUGGUCUUGGUGGCCGCCAGUCUACAGUAGAUGGAGUGAGAAACAAAGAGAGAGAGAGAACAUUUGGGCUGUAGACUAUAUGGGGAAUGCUUGUCUCCUCUCACGAGGCUGCAAUGGAAAAACCUAAACCACAGCCUUUGUUACUAUUUUUAGAACUUUUUGGGGGGUUAUUUUAUUAGGAUCCCCAUUAGCUCUUGCGAAAGCAGCAGCUACUCUUCCUGGGGUCCACACAAAACACGAAACAUGACAUAAUGCAGCACACAUUUAAAACGCCGCAGAUAGCCUACAUACCAGUACAUACACACAAAAGUAUUUUGCAAAUUAUGACAUUUUUUUGUUGAUGGUAUUAUUAUUAUUAUUAUCUCAUUAAGAAACUAUAUCAAGACUAUUUUAGAUGUACCUGUAUCUUGGCUAUAAGAGAUCUAAUAUGCGGACAAGCGUUUGUGCUUUCCAAUGCCCCUCCCUCUCCCUUGCCUUGGCCCACCCAUAGUUUGCACAACACCACCAUGCGGUCAAAUGUACACACACUUAUUCGGAGGAGCGCACACACACACGCAUCAGACCCACAGCUAUCUUAUGUCUUCCUGGUGCUUUUUUGUUUUCAUUGUGUUUAUCUGUUUUGUAUGAGCCCUUGCCUGCAGCUCUAGAUUCAUGAGCAGUUUCGGAGAGCAAGGCACUGAAAACUGAAUUAGGAAAUAGAGGAUUGGGGUAUUUCAUGUCAAAUACCACAACUUUAUAUAAGUGAGAUCUAUUGAAAACAUAAUGUAUGUUUUUGUCCAACCUUUUUAAAUAUAUAUCUGAAAAAAAAGAAUCGGUACUUUAUAACCGACUCGAACUACACUCACACGUCGAUAUUUACUGGAAUAACGUUUGAAGAUCCUACUUUUCCAUUGAGAUAUAGUUUUCUGCCAUUUUUGGUCUGAGGAUGUAUUCAUCAGCCAAUGGCCACAGUCCCAUGACAAUGUCCACAGUCCCAUGACAAUGGCCACACUUUGCACUCGCAUGUGUCUCCAUUGGUCUGUGAAUUUACUAAACGUUUUAUAAGGCACCACACAGGGGGAAAAAAACAGACUGAAACCUGGUGGAAACUCUCAUUUAUUUUUCCAUUGCAAAAUGUUUCGCUACGUUGUUCCCUAAUGAAUACAACCAUGGUGUAGGUAUAUCAGAUCAAUUGAAUAUAAUUCAGGUUUUGUGGUAAACGUAGACAGGACCACCAUUUGAGAACUGUCCCACUGGGCAAAAAGUGAUUGAGUUUUUAUUGUUUCCUUGUUAUUUCAGGAUGCUUUUAACAACGUUAUCAUGCUGCAUCAUUGUGGCUAUUUCAUUGAACAUUUCAAAAGUCUGUGGGUUUUAUAAAGUAGGUACUUCUAGCAACUCAAGCUUGUUGCGGCAGCAAUAUAAUUCAAAAUGGUUUCUCUCCCAAACUUCUGCCUCAACUUCCCUCUCUACAAUUCACCUUUUGGUGUUUUGGCAUCACAGUUAUUUAAUAUUGUAAAUGAGUUUGCACAGAUGCUGGUGUGUUUCACAUAUGGGACCACUACUCGGUAUGCAUGGGAAAGUUGUGGUUAGUUCCACCUCAAAUUCCAGUCACGUCAACCAUUAAUUCCAUUUCAAAUCUCUAUAGGAUAGCAAAUGAAACUAAGGCCAAUUUGGACUUGAGGUUAAGCAUCAAAUAACUUUGACUAAUGCCUGCUAAAUGACAGUGGUUGUAUUCGCCUAUUCUCCACACUGCACAUACCCAUGUAAAUGGUCUGUGAUUCACUGCACUGCAUAUUCAGUGCUACUGUAUGGCUUUUCCCACGUCACAGUUCCUGACCAGGCGGCCUAUUCAAAAGAGAUGGAGAAAGGAAAGGACAACUCGAGGAGACUCGAGGGAGGAUUAGGAGACUAGGAGAGGAAACUGCUUUAGACUAUUUCAGUAGCACUAUGUGAAACCAUGUUGGAAGCUCUUCUCCCCCCACACACACACACACUAUUACAGGUAAUAGUUUGCACUUCAUCUCAAUUGUCCAUGACAGUUUUGGAGGGAAGGAUUUCAUUCUUGAAUGUAGCAGAACACAUUGUUUGCAUUAAAGAUGUUUAACUAA